UAUUCAAAUGCAAAUUUACACCGAACGAACAGGUAUCCUAAUCCAACUCGUACAUACAGUAUCUCGAAACUGACGCUCUGCCAUUCAUUGCUGCUGACGUGCACAGAAGAAUAUGUCAACGGCUUUUCUCUUUGAGAUGGCCAGCCUGGUUGAACUUCUCGACGCUAAGACCAUUCUCGUCGGAGUUCUCCUCCCGGUACUUCUGUACGUGGUGUCUGUGGUCCUAAAGUCUGUCUUGUGGCGAUGGAAGACCAUGCGUCUGGGAAGCAGGUUCCCCUCCCCUCCCUACCACUGGAUCUACGGUAACAAUCACCUGACUGACGGCACGUUCGGUGAGAAGUACCUGUCCGUGAUACGGGAUGUUGUGGAGAAUCACCCGCGGGCGCACUCUUAUUGGAUGGCGGGGUUCAUCACUGGUGUCACUGUUACUCAUCCAGAAACCAUCAGGCAGCUUCUCAAGUCCCAAAGCAAAAAGUCGGCUGUGUACGCCACGCUACAACUAUGGCUGGGUAACGGCUUGUUCCUGAGUGACGGAGACCAGUGGAAGGUUCACCGCCGUCUCCUCACACCUGCCUUUCACUUUGACAUCCUCAAGCAGUACGUCAGUGUCUACAACAGGGAAGCCACGGAAAUGAUAAGCAAGCUAUCAGGGAUUGCCGAUAGAGGGCAAGUUUUCGAGAUGUUCCAAGAGGUCAACAUGUGCACCCUUGAAGUCAUCCUACAGUGUGCCUUUUCUGGGGGACAGAUGUCAGAUGAAACCAAGACUGAGUACAUCGCAGCAAUUCGGAAACUUAAAGUCCUGUUUAUGCAGAUGCCUUUCAACCCAAUAUAUCAGCUGUCUAGUUCCGCGUACAACUGGCUUCCCAGUGGGCGUGAAUACACCCGCUUGUGUAAAUUCAUCCACGACACGGCGGAGUCCAUUAUCGCAAAGAGGAGGCAGCAACUGAAGCGCAACGGACGUUCCCAACGGAACACAAGACUGGACUUCAUCGACAUUCUACUGUCCUCACGGUAUGAGGAUGGGACUGGGCUGACGGAUAUGGAGAUCAGGGAAGAAGUGGACACCUUCUUGUUUGCUGGGCAUGAGACGACAGCAAGUGCCCUUUCCUGGACCCUGUACUCCCUUGCUCAACAUCCACAUCAUCAGGACAAGGUGCGGGAAGAGGUGAAUCACCUGCUGUCCGGGAUGGAGGAUGACACAAUUCAAUGGGAGGACCUGCACAAACUCCCUUACCUGACCAUGUGCCUGAAAGAAUCCAUGCGGUUACACACUCCUGUCCCCAUCAUCGUGAGAAGCAUGCUGGAGGACACCGUGAUUGACGGCGUCACUGUACCAAAGGGUUUUGAAAUAUACAUAAGCCUAUACGGACUGCACCAUAACCCGGCUGUCUGGGGACCUGAUCACAUGGAGUUUGAUCCAAGUCGUUUUUGCCCUGAGCGUAUGAAAGACAGAGACCCUCACGCUUUCUUGCCGUUUUCUGCAGGGCAGAGGAACUGCAUCGGUCAAAACUUUGCCAUGAACGAAGCGAAGGUGCUGCUUGCAAGGCUGAUACACAAAUUUGUCUUCGAAGUGGACCCGACACGUCCUGCGCAGAAAGAGGUGUUGAUCGUCAUGUGUGCCAAGGGCGGGAUGUGGAUGAAAGUUACACCAGCUUGAGAAUGCGUUAGCACAGAACAAUGGGCACAUUUAGUAUCCAAGUAAAUUCAAUAAGAGAAAUAAUAAUUUAUUUUACUUUUCAUCAUAAUUAUGCAACGUAGGUACUAGUAACGUUACAAGUUCCAGUCGUAACUAGUAUUAAUUUUGAUCGACACUAACUGUUUCACUUAUCCGCACCCCUGCUUAUAUCUUUCGGGCACCCCAACUUUCGCGGUUAAUCCGAAUAGUUUUCAAGUCUUGUAGAA